GUCUUCUUGAGCUUCAAUUUUUCAUCCACAAUUUGUUUUUCCCUCUUGAGAUCAUGGCUCAAGCUCAAGCUAGGAGGUUUGGGAAUGAUGAAGUUGCUGUGUUUCAGGAUAGUGAAAACUGUCCCUUCUCUAUUACCAAGAAAAUGACUGUGGGUGACAUUCUAGCUAAUAUUCUGAGUAAUCUUCGUCCGGCUAAUAUUCAGAGACUUUGCGCGCCGAUGUUGGUGUACAGUGGAAACAAACAUAUUUACAGGAAAGCCGAGCAUGAUAGUAUUAAAGAGCAGGGAUUCAGAUUCCUUGAAGCUUCUCUCAGAAGACGCCCAUGCGCGCGCAAGUAUUGUCGCAAUAUUGAACAGCCAGGAGAGGUUGAACCGGAUCUUUAUGAGAGAUCGUUCAAUGUUGUUGAUUCCCUUCUUAUCGAAGAAAUGUUGGGUGAGGCUCUUCUAGGCAACUUACCACCCAACGUACUUCUCAUUUCAACCGACCAAGAUUUCCACCUAGCUACACAGUCUCUACAUGCUACAAAAAGGUACAACAUCUUUGUGGCGAGGAAGAGGAACACCGAUGGUAGUUUGCCUGCUGCUCCAAGUGCUUAUGGUACAUGGGAAUGGGCUAGAAUGCAGAAGCCUGGAGCACCAGUGCAAGUGGUUAUUAGAAACAAGAACAUAUGAGCCCCAAAUCUUCUCUGUAGUGAUUUCGUUUUAUGAAACAGUUAAUCUUGUAGUUUGCUAAUCAUUGUGAGACAGUUUGCUCUUCUUGUUUUUGAUGCAAUUUGAACAUUUGAGAUUCUUUUCCGCCACUGGAAAGAAUGAGAAAUAACAAUCAAGAUUUCAUAUUUCU